AUGUAUUAUGUUUGCACUUAUUUAUUAAACUUUAAGGACUUUCUCAAAUGUAAUGUAAAUAUCGAGAAACCAUAUGAAUAUCAGUUACUAUACGAUUGGUUGGGAAAGGGAUUACUGAUCAACGAUUGCAGCGAUUUAUGGCGCGAACGCCGGAAACUACUGACCCCUGCCUUUCAUUACAAAAUUCUCGAUGAAUUUGUGCCCAUUUUUAAUGAAAAAACUGAUAUAUUGUUGGAUCGGUUGCGGGAAUCGGCGGACAAAGAGAGUGUCAAUAUUUGUGACCUCGUAUUUCCGGCCGCUCUCGACAUUAUCACCGAGACGUCAACAGGAUUUAAGAUUAAUGCCCAACAAAAGGAGAAUUUAGAUUACAUUCAAGCCGUACAAGACAUGGGAAGGAUUCUAGUAAAUAGGGUUAUAAACCCUUUACUUCAUUCAAAGUGGAUAUUUUCGAUGACAAAAAUGGGCCAACAAUUCAAACACAAUCUCAAUGUCUCGCAAACACUGACCCGACGUGUGAUCGACGAAAGGAAACGCUAUUUAAUGCAAAACAAAGGAAACACUGAUUUAGAGACGAAAGAUAGCAAAACAAGAAAACGGUUGGCGUUUUUGGACUUAUUAUUAGACCAUCACUUGAGAGACAACACACUAUCGCUGGAAGACAUACGCGAAGAAGUGGACACUUUUAUAUUUGCCGGACACGACACCACCGCUAUCUGUCUCUCCUGGACCUAUCAUUUUAUCGGUUUAUAUCCGGAAAUUCAACGCAAACUACACCAAGAAUUGGAUUCAGUUUUGACGACCGAUUGUAUGGUAACUAUCGAUGACAUCAAACGAAUGCCAUAUUUAGAGGCAGUAAUCAAAGAGUCCCUACGACUGCGACCACCCGUUCCCGUCAUUUUGCGGGCCAUUAAACAAGACAUACAAUUAGGACAGUAUGUCGUUCCCCGAGGCGUGACAUUAGGUCUAAUGAUUGAUGUGAUGCAUUUGGAUCCCGAUAUAUACCCGGAUCCGUUGACAUUCAAUCCGGAGAGGUUCCUGGCAGCUGGUGAGGGUAGGGAUGCGUUCAGUUUUGUGCCUUUCUCUGCGGGAGUCCGCAAUUGUAUCGGACAAAAGUUUGCUUUAAAUGAGUUGAAAAUAGUUUUGGCCAAAACUUUACGACUCUAUCACUUCCAGUCACUCGAACCGAGAGAUAGUUUGAUUGAAUACAACGCUAUCGUUAAGAAACCCAAGAAUGGCAUUAGGAUUAAAGUCAGUCCCAGAUAUAAAGCAUAG